CAAUCUACCGUAGAAUCGAUCGUAAAAAUAGACGAACAGCGUUAACCGCUUUCACAAACACUCAGAACGCCAUUGCUAGCAAACACAGCAGAACCCCACGCGCCACCUUUACCAUCUAUCUCACUCGCUACCCAUGGCGUCCCCCGCGACCAUUCCGAUGACAACCUCCCAAUCUACGCCGGGUACUGGCGCCCAAUCGCAGGCCCCGAUAGCCACGCCUGCGUUUCGCGCAUUCCUGUCGCGCCUUUCCUCAUCGAUCCGUCAGGGUCUCUCCCAACGCCGUCCAUGGUACGAACUCAUCGAUCGGUCUGCCAUGGGCCGUCCCGAUAAUCUAACCGACGCCUAUUCCCGGAUCCGCAAAAACCUCGCUUACUUCAAAGUCAAUUACAUAACUCUACUCGUGGUGGUGCUCGCUUUCUCUAUCCUAUCGCAUCCCCUCUCUCUCCUCGUCCUCCUCGGCCUCCUUGCCGCUUGGGUCUUCCUAUACCUCUUCCGACCGUCGGAUCAGCCUGUCGUGUUCUUCGGCCGUACGUUCUCCGAUCGCGAGACGCUUGGCGCUUUGGUGGUGUUGACCGUCUUCGUCGUCUUCUUGACCAGCGUUGGAUCGCUCUUGAUCUCUGCGCUCUUGGUCGGUGUCGCCAUCGUUUGUUUACACGGUGCUUUUAGGGUUCCAGAAGACUUAUUCUUGGACGAUCAGGAGCCUGCGAACUCAGGAUUCCUCUCAUUCCUUGGCGGCGCCGCCUCCUCUGCUGCUGCUGCGGCAGCCCCUGCAGUUGCCUCACGCGUGUGAACAACAGGUCUUUCAAGCAUGACAUGCUUAUGAUUUUUUACUGCCAACCCUUGUGAUAAAUGGAAUAGGAUUUACUCUUUAGAAUAUUCAAUUGUUGCUCUAUAUGUCCUUUUUAUGUAGAUUUGAAUCUGAACUUGGAUUAAGAGUUAGAUCUUAUGGUGUUUUGAUUUGGAUUCUGUAUUAAUUUCCUUCAGAAUUUUUAUUUUGAUGAGAUUUUGUUUUAAGUCGCUUAC